AUGGCCGCCGACUCGUCACCACGGCAACGGAGGCGAUGGGAGCGACGGCGAUGCUUGUCUGCUGCUGUUCAUGACAUUCUACCGCUGCGUCUACCUGGACAGGUGGAAGCAGGAAGACCUGGACAGGUGGACAACCUGGACCAGUCCUUCCUCGACCAGUCUCUCCUGGACCAGUCUCUCCUGGACCAGUCCCCCCUGGACCAGUCUCUCUUUUACCGGUCCAUCCUGGACCAGUCUCUCCUGGACCUGUCUCUCUUGGACCAGUCUCUCCUGGACCGGUCUCUAUUGGACCAGUCUCUCCUGGACCAGUCUCUCUUUUACCGGUCCAUCCUGGACCAGUCUCUAUUGGACCGGUCUCUCCUGGACCAGUCUCUCUUGGACCAGUCUCUCUUGGACCAGUCUCUCCUGGACCAGUCCCCCCUGGACCAGUCCCCCCUGGACCAGUCUCUCCUGGACCGGUCUCUCUUGGACCAGUCUCUCUUGGACCAGUCUCUCCUGGACCAGUCCCCCCUGGACCAGUCUCUCUUUUACCGGUCCAUCCUGGACCAGUCUCUCCUGGACCAGUCUCUCUUGGACCAGUCUCUCCUGGACCAGUCCCCCCUGGACCAGUCCCCCCUGGACCAGUCUCUCCUGGACCAGUCUCUCCUGGACCAGUUCCCCCUGUUCCAGUCCCUCCUCUGUGGAUCUGUUUGUCCUCCUCGUUCUCCUGCAGACGUCAUCAUGAAGCCUUCGUCUCCUCCUCGUCCUCCUCGUCUGUCUCUGCAGAGUCCAGAGCUGCAGUCUGAGUUCUUCAAAGAGUUUCGGAACAAACUUCGUCCUCAGAGAGACGUCUGUGAUUCUGGUGGUGCCUCCCCUCUGUCCUCCCCCCCGUCCUCCCCUCUGUCCUCCCCCUUCAGUCCAGCUCUGUCCUCCCCCUUCAGUCCAGCUCCAUCUCCUUCGUCCUCCUCUUCAUCGUCUCCCAGCUCCACCAUCAGUCCAGCUCGUCUGUCGCUGUCCAGCCCUGAGCUGCUGUCAGAGCUCAGAGAGUCCAGGACACGCCCCCUCAAACAUGUCCCCGCCCACAAGGGAAUGACCACCGUCUUCUCUGGACGAGGACGAGGACGAGCACAGAACUCUAACUCCACCCCCAACUCCAAACCAGCCAAUCAGAAGACUUCACGUUGAAUUCCUGAACAACCAGUACCUCAGUCCAACAUGGACUCUAAUUCUGCUUGAAUGAUUGUUUUAUCCCAAUCUGGAAUCACCGACCCUGAACCCUUUUAGAACAAGGCUGAAGACUACAAUUCCUGGAGCGUCCACUAGAGGCAGACUCCAGAAUCUUCAGAACAACAUGUUAAAAAUUCCCAGCAGAAAUAAACGUUUUUACAGCCUAGUGUUCAACCGGUCCUGGUCUCUUUGGAUAAUUUACCCAUUCAUGUUGGUUUUAGGCUGUUAUAGGGGGACCUGGACCUCCAAGUUCAGGAUCCGCCCCUGUAGAACCACCUUUAGGGUCAUGUUUAUUGAAGUACCACUCCAGGUGUGUGCAGGAAAAGAUAAAUGGCUGGUUCAGUUUUAGUCGUUAUUUAUUCUUACUCUUAAACCACACAAAGAACUCCAGAUCCACGAGACUUCAGAUAUGAAUCAUAAAACUACCGAUUAGAAGAACCUAAUUAGACUAGUCUGGAAUGUCCCAGACAUUCACUUCAGAGGAGGAACUUGAUGAAAUUCAGAGAUCGCAAAGAUGUUCUCUGUCCUCACGAUGUCCAGCAACAUCUUCAACUUAAAGUUCUCCAGAUGUUCCAACAGAGCAAACCUUCUGUUUCCUGGAGUUCAGUCCAGUAUCUGCUGGUCUUUCAUGAUCAAAACUUUGAUCUGACACUACCACCGUCUCUCCAAAACCUGUCAAAGUUCACAGUUUCAACGUACUUGAGGCAAAUUUAGAAGAGUUUGAGGUUAGGGUUAGUUCCAGGGUUAGUAGGUUAAUUACAUUAAUGAUAGGUAGGUAGGUAGGUUUAGUUUUAGAGGUAGGGCUGGAGUUUAUCACAUCCAUGAUAGUUUCAUAGGGACAGGUUUAGGGUCAGGGUUACUGCCCUUCCUGAUACUUUGUGUGUUAAUAUCCAGAUUAUUUAUUCUUAUUCGAGUUCAAGUUUUUCUGGUCGACUUUGAAUUUCAACCAAACCCAUGAAUUUGUUUCUGUUGCUGUGAUUGGACGUCACCAUCCAGGGGCGGAGUUUAGACAGACAAAGGCCAACAUGUAGAAUUAAGAUCAAAGCGACCCGAUGACACUGUUUUCUCUUAUGACCUCACUUCCUGUUCUGUCCAGCUCUUGUUUGAAGGUUGAACCUCAUAGUUUUUAAAGCUGUCCAGGGCUUCCAUCAUUUGAAAUAAUAACAAGUGCAGAUUUUAUUAACAUUAGCUGUUAAGUUGUUAUGAAAAUGUUGUGUUUUUACAUGUUUCAUGUCAUGUAGAGAUAUUUUUUCAUAACUGGUCAAAUCACAACCAUAAAUAUGGGUAAAUAUGUGUUUAGUAGCAGAAAUAAAUGUUGCAAUUUACAUGAAGAUGUAAUUUCUAAUGCAGAAUUUUAUUCCUAAACUGUCUUACUUGAAAACACUUCAUCACACAGAACAAACCAGAAUCAUCACUGAGGAAAAGCUGUGCUCCUUUUUUUCAUGUAAACUGUGAAAUAACAAGAACCUCCAUGAGACCAUGAAAAUUUGCAAAGAAAUGUAUGAAGAUGCUGCUUUCCAGAAGUUUUAUUGGUCUUCAGAAUCAUUUUCUGAUUACAAACUUGUGCUUUUCUUCCUUCUUGUUGAUUCUUGUAUAAACCACAGUAAUGGAUUCCUGCUGGAACUCCGAUUAAACCUGAUGGAAAAUCA